ACGCACUCUUCAUCUUUCUUCUUUUCUCUCUAACAGACCUCUACACAAAACCCAGCUUGAAUAGCAAAACUCUAACAUGGUAUCAGAGCCAGGUUCGAUCAAUUGAAUCUGGGCGUUUUUCAAAUAUGUGAAAUCAAACUAAUCGGUGCUCACUCAAGCUCGUGGCAAUCGAUUGGAGCUCAUUUGAUAUCUGAAACAAGUUGGUUGUGGUUAUCUGAGAUUAGCAAUGUCUGGAUCUGGAGGCUCAGAAGUAAGAACUCUGAUCUUCUCCAGUGAGAACUAUGAGUUCUGGAGAAUCAAGAUGAUAACCAUCUUCAAGUCAUAUGGGUUGUGGGCUCUGGUGGAGAAAGGAAUUACGAUUCCAGAAUCGAAGAAGAAGAAGGCAACUGAGGAAACAUCUACAGAGGAAGAUGAUGAGAAGAUGGCUGCGAUUCUUAUGAAGGAUGCAAAAGCUCUGGGGAUUAUUCAGAACUCAGUCUCUGAUCAGAUCUUCCCUCGCAUUGCUAAUGCUGAUUCAACUAAAAUGGCAUGGAAUCUGCUAUAUGGAGAGUAUCAUGGUGGUGACCAUGUCAGGUCGAUAAAGCUUCAAAACCUUAGACGUGCAAAAUGCCCGCAUUUUCAGCUCAUAUAUGUCUCUGGUGCAAAAUGCCAAGCUUAAGACUUUCAUGGCAUGAUAUUUUCCCCCAAGAAAAGCAUAAGAAUGAGCCCACACUUCCAAGCUUACAAGCACUAGCUGCAUAAAACUUGGUUACUGAUGUUUCUAUUUUAUUUAUUUGUUUGUUUU